AUGGUUGAACCUCAAAACCUGGAGCCUGACCCAAUUUUCCAAGUUCUGAACAAUGAUCUACUCGUCAAAGAAAUUCUAUCAAACAUCACGGUGUUUCGCGAGAGAAAAAACAUGGAACUCAUAUCCAACAUUUUCUACACGGCAUCAAAAAAAGCACCAUGGCGUACCAAACCUGAGCAAUAUCAGAUUUUGAAAAUUGGAGAGGAUACUGUGAAUUUCGGCAAGCAAUUCUUUCGCUGUAAAUCGAAAUCAAUCGAUAUUUUGAAACAUUUUUUGGUGGUUAAAAAUGAUGUCGAAAUUGUGCAUUUGAAAGCGAUUGAGGUUUCUGAGAAGCUUUUGGAGUUCUUGAAAAAUUUUCCGAAUUUUCGAAAUCUUAUUUUGGAAGAAACGAGAUUCAAAACUGGAUUUCAUCAUAAUUUUGGGCUCACAAGUCUUGCUCUUCGUGGAACAAAAAUUUCAGAAGUCCAGAACUUUCUUCACAGUCAUCUUCAGCACCUUGAAAUCUCCCCGCUUGACCUCAAUGACACCCCAAAGAUUCUGCAAAUCUUCCAAAAGAACUCAAUUUUUCUCCAAAGUUUUGCAAUCGAGCUGAAAUACUGUGAACAUAUGGAACCUUCAAAGGAAUGCAUUUCAAAUCUCGCAAGAAAAACCAGAUUUUUGGACCUGUCUUUCAAAAUGGUGGAUUGUUCGCAAAACGACAAUCAACUGUGGUUUCUAGCAAGGCAAAUAGAUUCAUGGAGAAAUAUUCGGAGUCUGAAAAUAUACACGAAUAAUCUACGAUGUGCUAGAACAAUUAUCGAUUGGUCGGCGAUUUUGGAUAAUAUGAGAUACUUGGAAAAUUUGGAGAUGCUUUCAAUCAGCGGAAUCUAUGAGCCAUCAUUAUUCUUCUAUUUGAUAAAAGGAGUGCGCGAUUUGAAGAAUCUCAAAACAUUGGAAAUUUCUAUGCGGGAGAUUAGUCAAGUUCUAAUCACCAUUGAAAACAUCAAAAAUUUGUUUGAUGUUUUGCCAUUAUCAAUUGAAAAUCUGAAACUUGACAGAAUUGUUUGGAAUAUUGAAACACUUCAGGCAAUUCGUAGAAGAUUUUCGGGAACUUUGAAGAGUCUUCAAAUUUCGAACCCACACUUAGCUUUUAUCCAGUUCUUGCCGGGACAUUUAUUUGAUUUCAUCAUCAAAAACUUUGAAAAUCUGAAACAAUUUCAUUUUGACACUCCAAUCGCUGCGAUUCACACCAAAUUUAUUUUUGCUGAUGGAAAUUCGAAACUGGAACAUCUGUCUUUCUCGAUUUCUCAUGGAUAUUUUCAAAAAUAUGAGUCCCGUUUGCAAAAUAUUUUCGACAAAGUCAACGUCGAAUGUGUGGAUGUUAAUAUUAUGAAGAUCAGCGUCACUGGCAGAAAAAUCUAA